AUGCAAGACUGUGAGGGGACCCCACAAACCUUAGAUGAAACCCUGCUUAGCUUUCAAGAUCAGACAGGAUCUGAUGUCUUUUGGGCAAACUGUGGAAAUGCUGAACUAGUGUCUGAAAUCAGUGCAUUCAGUACAGUAAUAGAUGAAGGUGCAAACAGUCAUGCUACCCAGGGAACAUUCACGAUAUUGUCAGGAGCAUCUUUCAGCCCUUAUUUGCAAGAGAAAUCAUCAACAGCCUUCAAAGCUCUUGCCUUUGAUGUUCAGCAAAUGGUAAAUGAUAUAUUUCAAUCAAGCACACUGCAGAAUGAAUACAAGAACUGUAAAGUUUCCCAAUUUAAAAAUGGCAGUAUCAUUGUACUGUUCGACCUUUUCUUUGCACAAUGGGUGUCCAGUGGAAAAGUAAAGAAUGAAUUGACUUUGGGCAUUGAAGGAAAUAAAAGUGACCUCCUGCAGACCUUCCAAAUUGAUGUGAACAGCAUAGAAAUAAUAGAUAUGGGGUCAUCUACCACGAGCAAUUCUUUCACAACACCUGGUUUUGGAAUAUUUAGUACCAACAGUCCUUCGUUGUCAACAGUGAAAUGUUUAUCUCCUGAUGGACUUUGUGCUGAUGGUGUGAGCUGUAUAAAACAUGAAUUAUUUUGUGAUGGAAUACCCAACUGCCCAGAUGGUUCUGAUGAAGAUGAAAAAAUAUGUGCUACAUCUUGUGAUGGAAAAUUUAUCCUGACUGGUUCCUCUGGGUCUUUCCAUUCCAUUCACUAUCCAGAGCCCUAUAUGUCAAACAUCUUUUGCCGCUGGAUUAUACAUGUAAAUCCUGAAAUGUCUAUUAAACUAAACUUCAGUACUUUUGAUACACAAAAUUAUGUGGACACUUUGAGCAUUUAUGAAGGUGUAGGCCCUACAAAGAUUUUAAGAGCUGUCCUCUGGGGCUCUCAUCCUGGUACAAUUCAUAUAUUUUCUAAUAAUGCCACUGUAGAAUUUACUACAGAUUAUUCUGUAAAUCACAAUGGCUUUGAUGCAAUGUAUUCUGCAUUUAAUACCAAUGAAUUAACCAAUAUACAGAAAAUUAACUGUACUUUUGAAGAUGGGUUUUGUUACUGGAUUCAAGAUUUAGAUGAUGAUGAUGAAUGGGCAAGAAUUAAUGGCUCCACUUUUCCAUUUACAUCUGGUCCUGACUUUGAUCAUACAUUUGGCAAUAUUUCAGGCUAUUAUAUUUCUACACCUAGGUUACCUGGAGGCAUACCAGUGAGAGUCCGACUUUUCAGCUUGCCAUUAGUCCAUAGUUCAGAUGUAUCCUGCCUAAGUUUCUGGUAUCAUAUGUAUGGUGUUAAUGUGUAUCAUCUGGCAGUUAAAAUUAUAUAUAAUAGCAGUGAAAGGACAGUUUUCCAAAAAGAAGGAAAUUAUGGAAACAAUUGGAAUUAUGGACAAAUAACAUUAAAUGAAACAUCCAAUUUUAAAGUUGCUUUUGAUGCUUUUAAAAGGCCAGGAUGGGAUGACAUUGCCAUUGAUGAUAUAGGACUAACAAAUGGAGGCUGCAAAGAAAGUGUUUAUCCAGAACCCACAUUGGUUCCUACAAUCCCCACAACCCCCCUGCUACCCACUGACUGUGGAGGACCAUUUGAUCUGUGGGAACCAAAUACUACAUUUAGCUCAAUGAACUAUCCAAACAACUAUCCCAACCAAGCUUCUUGCAUAUGGUAUUUAAAUGCAGAGAAAGGAAAAAAUAUCCAAGUUCAUUUCCAGUACCUUGAUCUGGAAAAUAUUUAUGACGUCAUAGAAAUCAGAGAUGGCAGAGGACCAGAUUCUUUAUUUUUGGCUGUAUAUACAGGAAAAUCCCCAGUACCAGAUAUAUUCUCUGCCACUCACCAAAUGACAGUGCUCUUCAAUACUAAUGAAUAUAUAACUAAGGAAGGAUUUAUGGCAAAUUUUACUACAGGAUACCAUCUGGGUAUGCCAGAUCCUUGUGAAGCUGGUUAUCAUCAGUGUGGGAAUGGAGAAUGCAUACCAAAAGUGUAUGUUUGUGACCAAAUUCAGCACUGUAAAGAUAAUUCUGAUGAAGUUGAUUGUGUGCGCUUAGUCAAUGGGUCUUUCAGCCUCAGUGGGUUGGUCCAGAUCAAGGCUGGGAAUAAAUGGUACACUGCUUGUGGAAAUAACUGGACUGGACAACUGUCAAGCAGUAUCUGUGACUGGCUAGGACUAGGCAGUGUGAAUAGAUCAUCACUUGUCUUGUUUGAUGGAAGUGGCACUUUGGUAGAAGUUGCAAAAGGAAUCAACAACAGCCUAAUUCUUACACCUACGGUACAGUGUCUCAACAAUCUGGUGAUUCAUCUGCAGUGCAACUAUAAACAAUGUGGAGAAAGACUGGUCACUCAGAAACACACAACAAAAAUUGCUGGUGGUUCUGAUGCUCAAGAAGGUGCUUGGCCUUGGGUGAUUUCAUUAGAUUUUAAUGCCAAACCGACUUGUGGAGGUUCUCUUGUCAGCAAUGAAUGGCUCGUCUCUGCUGCACACUGUGUAUAUGGGAGGAAUUUAAAACCUUCUCAGUGGAAAGCAGUUCUUGGCUUGCAUAACAAUCGGAACCUGUCAAAUCCUCAAACAGUCAUCCGAGAGAUUGAUGAAAUUAUCAUAAACCCCCAUUACAAUAAACGAACAAAAGACAGUGACAUUGCUUUGAUGCAUCUUCAAUAUAGAGUCAAUUACACAGAUUACGUUCAGCCCAUUUGCUUCCCGGAAAAAAACAAAUCAUUUUUGCCAGGAACUAAGUGUUUCAUUGCUGGUUGGGGAAAAACCACAAAUCAAGCAGGCUCUGUUGCAAAUAUAUUACAACAAGCAGAAGUCCCUCUUAUAACACAUAACAAAUGUCAGCAACUGAUGCCAGAGUACAAUAUUACUGAAAAUAUGCUAUGCGCUGGAUACGAUGAAGGAGGAAUUGAUUCUUGUAAGGGAGAUUCUGGUGGGCCACUGAUGUGUCAAGAGAAUAAAAAGUGGUUACUGGCUGGCGUGACAUCCUUUGGGCAUCAGUGUGCACUGCCACAUCGUCCUGGAAUUUAUGUGAAUGUUUCAAAAUACAUUGACUGGAUAAAAAGGAUUAUUCACUAGAAGUAUUUUCCUCCCUCCAAAAAACCACAGAAAAAAUAGGGAAAUUCAAGGUCAAGGAGACAUAUGUACCCUAUAGCCUUCACCUCUUGAGAAAAUCAGACAAACAUCAGAUAAUUCAGAAUUUAUCUCUGAAGGGAAUUCUGUUGGAGUCCCAUUUGUGACUUUAUGAGAAGCAGAACUUGGAAGUCACUGUUUGGACUACUACUCAUAUAAUCCAUCUGCUGUGGAAUUUUUGUGGUGCAAAAAAGUAACAUUUGCAUUAUCUGGAAGGUGUGGCUGAUUAGUACUGAUGUUUUGACUAAGACCUUGUUUACACUACUUAAAAAUUCACCAAAAACCUGUCUUCCCACCAAAUCUGGGACAAUAAGGUGACAUGACAUAUGGCCCUAUAUGUCCCAGAUUUAGGGUAUAGUUGUUUAUUGUGCUCUUAUUAAACUCCAGUUUUAUCCACAGCUUGCACCCCUGCUCCCACUCUUGCUGCUGCCAUGACCACAGGUACUCUCAUUUCCACUGCCCUUGCCCCCACUGCCCUGGGCACAAGGGACAGGAGUCCAUUUACACUUUUGCCCCUAAUGUAGAUUAGCCAUAGGACAACUUCUCUCAGUUUAAAUGUAUGGAAAGGAAGUGUUCAUAACAAACCCCCAUUUUCAAAGAUGGGAGUGGAUUCCACUCCCACAAAAGAGCUUUAAAUGCAAGGUAAGGAAUGUAUGCCACUCUGUAUAUAAUUAUAUUGUAACUCCACCACUGCUAUGUUUAAGGCUCAUGGGAAAUGUAAUCCAACAUCAGUAAGAUCAAAUAUUGCCCACUUUGCUUACAUGGUUGCUUAUUAUUUCAAAUCAUAAAAUUUUAGAGUUGGAAGGAACCACAAAGGCCAUCUGGCCCAACCUCUGUGCAGGAAUGUACAACUAAAACAGUCUGAAAAAAGUUUAUCCAAUCUCUGUUUAAAGAGCUCCAAAGAAGAUGAACCCAUUACCCUCUCAGUUGCACUGCUCUUACAGUAAACAAAAGGUUCUUCCUAAUGUUGUGGGUGGAAUCUCUUCUCUUGAAAUUUGAAUGCAUGAGUUCAUGUUCUUAUGUUUAAAGCAGUAGAAAAUAAGCUGGCUCCAUCUUCUACAUGGCAUCCCUUUAUAUAUUUGAAAAUAGGUAUCAUGUCCCUUUUCAAUCUUCUGUACUACAGUCUAAACAUAUGUAGCUUCCUAAGUCAUUCCUCAUAAGGACUUGGUUUCCAGAAAUGUGAUCAUCUUGAAUGCCCUUUUCUGAACACAUUCCAGCUUCUCAAUAUUCUUCUUGAACUGCAGUGUUCAGAACGGUACCCAGUAUUCCAGGUGAAGUCUGACCAAAGCAGAAAAGGAUGUCACUAAUACUUCCCUCUGUCAGGGUUUUAUACUUCUGUUGAUGCAGCCCCAAACUGUACUGUUUUUUUUUUAGUUUGUUGGGUCUUUUGGCUGCCACACUACACUAGCAUGACACCAGCAUCAAAUAUACUUACUCACAGGUCAGCACUCAAGCUUCAGCCACUGAAUUCUACCUAUACAUCUUCCUGAUCAUUUUCUACUAAACCAGCUUCUAGGACAAGAGCUUGGUUGCAGCAUUUAUGACAAAUGUGGAUUAAUAAUUGGUAAUACGUGUCUUUAAUACCACAUUUAGGACCUCCAGAAUGUGUAUAUAUCAAAUCAUUUAAACUUAAUGCAUAAAGUGCUAUAGGGUCUCAGUGAUACUAAACCCACUGCUACUGUCAAGAAUUUGCUUUUAAUGUUCUAUCAAAAUCUAUUCUCCUAUAACUUCAAAUCAUUAUGCCUGGCCCAGCCUCUGGGACCAGAGAGAACAGGCUUAUCUCCUCCUCUCUGUGACAGCCUUUGAACUAUUUAAAGACUGCAAACAUGUCACA